AUGGUGAUCAAUCUUGGAGGAACAAACAUCUACAAUCAAGCAGUCGUGCAUCAUGGUAAUGGUAACUCAGUACUAACAGGUGAUGAUCGCAUGAAAGCACACGACUCGGUGUUACAAAGUGCACAGAAAACCAUGUCAAAACUUAUUAUUAGUGGUGGUGACGUUGUUACGUCACCCGGUCGUUGGCUUAAUCAUAUGCUGGAUUAUUGGCAUAUUUAUCUUAUUUGUCUGACAGUAUUAGUUGUGGCUGGGUUUAUUAUUUAUUGUUGUGUUCGGCGAAAACUGCAUGGCUUAGUCGAAAUAAAUCGUGAUGUCGUUGAUAGUAGUGCUGUAGAAAUGCCGAGACUUUUGGCGGCAGCAAGAAGCCAUUUUUGUCACGAUCGUCAAUCAGCAGAACAUGUAACAGUGCCACAAAAGAAUGAUUCAUUAGAUAAAAAAUUAACAACUGUUUUAGAAGUUUAA